AUGAGUUCCAGAAAGGAUGAUGCUGUUGAGGAGAUUCCUGAAAAACUAUACGAUGAGACGACCAGAACAACAUACAAAAGACUGCGUUUUUUCGGAAAGGGUGGCUUUGCUAAAUGUUACGAGAUUAUAAAUGUUGAAACAAAUGCAACGUAUGCCGGGAAGAUUGUUUCGAAAAAGCUUAUGAUGAAGCAUAAUCAAAAAGAAAAAAUGACACAGGAAAUACAAAUUCAUAAAUCGUUGCACCAUAAGCAUAUUGUUGGUUUUCAUAGCUUCUUCGAUGAUCCUCUCAAUGUCUAUAUUGUUCUCGAGCUAUGCAAGAAGCGAUCCAUGAUGGAGCUCCACAAACGUCGAAAAACCGUUACAGAGUAUGAAUGUCGCUACUACAUUCAUCAAAUUACUCAAGGCGUCAAGUAUUUACACGACCAUCAUAUCAUUCAUCGCGAUUUGAAAUUAGGAAAUCUCUUUCUUAAUGAUGAUCUUCACGUUAAGAUUGGUGACUUUGGUUUGGCUACACGAAUUGAAUUUGAAGGUGAAAGAAAGAAAACUUUGUGCGGAACACCAAAUUAUAUCGCACCUGAGAUUCUAAAUAAGAAAGGACAUUCGUAUGAAGUUGAUAUUUGGUCAAUAGGAUGUAUCAUGUAUACUUUGCUGGUGGGUCAGCCUCCAUUCGAAACGAAAAGCUUAAAGGAUACAUAUUCAAAGAUCCGUAAAUGUGAUUACAAAUUGCCUUCAACAUUGCGAAAGACUGCAGCUGAAAUGAUCAUUGCAAUGUUGCAAUCAAAUCCAGAUAAGCGACCAGUUAUCGAUCAACUUCUUUCAUUUGAGUUCUUAGCACAAACUGCCAUUCCACCAUCUUUGCCUUAUUCAUGUUUGUCAACUGCACCUCGUGGGGAGCAAUUAGAAUACUUAGAGAAGGCAGCUCGCCGACCUUUGACUGAAGUUAAUGGAAUGAUUGAUGAAACAAACUACGAAUCAUCAUUCUUGAAGAAUAACUUACAUGACGCAAUAACAGCUUCUGGAAUGAUGGCAACAAAUAGCGCUGUCCAGAAAGGAAACUUGAAGUUGUUGCAUUCACAAUUAGCAACACUUUUUGCAUCGAAAAUAAAGCGUCACUUGAAUGAUUUACGUGAUGAAAACAGCGAUCCAGCAUCGAAUCCAUUAUUCUGGGUCAGCAAAUGGGUUGAUUACAGUGAUAAAUAUGGAUUUGGAUAUCAGUUAUGCGACGAAGGCAUGGGUGUCAUGUUUAACGACACAACAAAGUUAAUAAUGCUGUCGAAUGGAAACAACGUUCACUUUAUCGACAAAGAAGGAAAGGAAACUUAUUUCACUAUCAGCAAUUAUCCACAAAAGCUUGAAAAGAAAAUGAAACUUUUAUCUUACUUCAAACGUUAUAUGACUGAACACCUUGUCAAAGCUGGAGCAAAUGCUGCUAUAAAGGAGAACGACAGUCUUUCUCGUAUUCCUCAUUUGCAUACAUGGUUCCGCACGCAAUGUGCUGUUGUUAUGCAUUUAACUAAUGGAAUUGUUCAGUUGAAUUUCUCGGAUCAUCAAAAAAUCAUUUUAUGUCCAUUGAUGCAAGCAGUCACGUUGUUGGACGUUGAUAAAAACUUCCGAACUUAUCCAUUCUCAACAAUCAUUGAACAUGGAUGCACAAAUGAACUUUAUCAGAAGCUUCGUUACGCACACGAGAAAUUAGUUAAAUUACUCGAUAAAAUCAACGUCGAAAGACAACUAGGACUUUUUCCUCAAAAUUUAUCAUUUGGUUUUGCAUAUGGAUCGGGAGUUAAAAAGCAAGAAGGUUACGAUGAUAUUCUUAUGAAUUCCAACAUCCAGACAGAAAAUGUAACAACGAAUUCUGUCACAAAGAAGCCUGUAAUGAUCGACCUGUUAUUCAUUGUCGAAAACUCUUAUCAGUGGCAUGCUAAAAACAUUCUCUUGAAUCCUAGUCAUUACUCAUCUAUGCGUUUGUUAGGAAGUAAUUGUAUUUCAAAGUAUCAAGAGUCGUAUGGUGCCAAAGUCUAUUUCAAUACUCUUGUUCCAGUAGAAGAAGAGAAAAGCAACUUAAUGAUCAAAUAUGGUGUAAUUUCAGCAAAAGACAUCAUUGCUGAUCUUCUCGAUUGGAAAGAUCUUUAUGUAGCUGGACGUCUACAAAAACCAGUUGAAAUAAUUCGUGAACCAAUAAGCUCGAAAAUCCAAAAUGCUUUAGAUUUAAACCUUCAAAGUGCUGUUAGGUCUGCUCUCCUUCUUCUGCCUGAAAAAUUCAGCGAAUAUGAAUUCUACUGUGCAAUAACAAAUCUUAGUUACAACGGUGACUUCAGGAUGAUUUUCGGAGAAAAUAAGAACAAAGUACAGAAUAUUGUUAAACCUCAGAUGGAGAACUUCAGAAAUCUUUACGCUCCCACUGCAAAUUUAUUUAAAUCUGUUUUCGAUUUUCCAUCAAUCGACUGUAAUGAAGAGAAUGUGGAAUGUCGUCAAGACAAAUCAUCACCAGUUGUUCUUCAACAUCUGAGUCAACUUCCUAAAUGGCCAAUUAGAAGAAUUGUUCGUGAAUGGACACGAGGACGUUAUCGCAUGGACGCUGAAGAUGUUCUUAGAGCUGUUGCUAGUUCUCCCAGAUAUCAAGAGAUUGUGCGAAACAGUUUAGCAGCUAUUGUAUGGCAAAUCAACAUGUUCACAAGUAACAGUGAGGAUUCUGAUUCUGAUUCUGGCACGAACUUCAAAAGAGGAAAAAGAAGAACUCAGGAAGAAACUCAAAAGCAUGAUUCAAUUAGAAGGAAACGUUCACCACGACGCUCAUCACCACGAAAAGAAGAGAAAAAUGGAGACAGAAAAACAGAUAAACGAAGUCAUGGAGAUCAUAAAUCUGAUAAUAAAUCAGAAAGGAAACAUGAAAAUCGACCAAGACAACAUUCCCGAUCACGUUCAAGAGAAAAACAUCAUCGUGAUGCUUAUAAAGACAAACAACACAACCGCUCAAAGUCAAAUGAACGUGGUGGUCAUCGUGAUGAAGUGAGAUCUCGUGAUCAUCAUGAAAGUCGUCGGAAAACAUCAUCCAGUCCUAUCAGAGAUCAUCAUCACCACCACAAAACUCAAGUUGAGUUAAAAAAACAUCGAACUGAAGCAGAAUCGUCGAGUAAACAACGUGAUCGUGAUCACAAAAGUGGAAACGUGAAAAAUGAACCAAAAAUUCGUAAGAUUUCAGAUGAAUCAAUGAAAAGUCACGAAAAUCCCCAUAAAGAAAGUCGAGGAUCUUCACGUCAUUUAGAAGAUUCAAAGAAACGUCCCAGCCAUUCAACUCAAGAGAAAACGUCAUUUUAUGGCCCAUUACUACCGCCAUCAGCAACUUCUAAGAAAGACGAUAAUUUCCAACAUUCAAAAAACUCUCAAAGUCCAGUUCAUCAUCACAAACGGAACUAUGGUCCAUCAUUGCCCAGUAAUUUCAAUAUCAAUCACUUACAAGAAGAACAUUUCGAUGGUAUUUCAUCGGAUGAUGAUGAUGAUGAUUGCAUGGUUGGACCUUUGCCUGCUUCAGCUAUUGAGAUGUCCGAACGUGAUUUGGAACUUGAAAAGAGAAAAAUCGAAUUGAAGUUGCAGCAAUUGGAUCGAAGAAUGGAAGCGGUGUCUAAUCCUGAUGUGAAGAAUCGUGAAGAGUGGAUGUUGGAAUUACCAGAAAUAAGAAAAGUGACUGAUAUGGGACUUGGUGCUCGACAAUUUCGUAAAAAUGAAAGGCCAGACUUUAGUGAUCGUACAAGUUGGACGAAGACACCAAAUGAUCAGCCCAAGAAAACUUCUCACAAUGAAGAUAAAAAGAAUGAAGAGAAGAAGCGUCAUGAAUUGGAAAUCAAACGUCGGGAUGAAGAACAAGAGAAAAUGGCAAAGGAGCACAAAAAAUCACAUAAACGUGACAAAUCUUUGCUGGAGAUUCACGAAAAAAAGAUGAAGAAGGAAAAGAAACGACAGAAGGAUGAGAAAAAGGAACGUCGACCAUUUAACCGUGACAGCGAUUUAUCAGUUAAUAAAUUUGAUGAAGCUCGUAAGAAAUCGAUGUUCAAGAAAGCUCAACUUUUGGACACAAGAUUCUCGAGUGGAAGCAAAAAAUACCUUUAAACUUCUUUAUUUCCACAUCAAUUGAACUUAAAAGGAGAAAAAUUGUGAAUAAAACAGAAA